AUGAGUACCGUGGUGUCCUUUGAGAAUACUACAUUCGUUCGCCCCCCAACAUUUUACAUUAAUGGAUUGUACAACAUGCCACAUGCAAAGUAUUACUAUAUGUUUUUGUGUUUUGUGUACGCUGUGACUGUUUUAGGGAAUUCUUUUAUAAUGGGUACUAUUUGCCUGGCACGUACUCUGCACACAGCAAAGUAUAUAGCUGUCUUCAACUUGGCCUUGUCUGAUCUCUUUGGAAGCUCUGCUCUCAUUCCUAAGUAUGCAGCAAUGUUUCUUCUUGAGAACCAGUACAUAUCUUAUGAAGACUGUAUGACAAACCUGUUUUUUGUUUUUGUUUUUAUGACCAUGCAGUCAUAUACUCUGCUUGCUUUGGCCUUUGACAGAGUAAUUGCUAUAUGUUUUCCUCUGAGGUAUCAUGCUAUUGUCACUAAAGCCACAAUGACUCUGAUCAUUGGUGUUAUGUGGCUUAUCUCUGUGGCUAUUAUGGUUGUUACUCUAGCUCUGCUUACCAGAUUGUCCUUCUGUAGAUCUACCACAGUUGGCAGUUAUUUUUGUGAUAAUGGCCCUAUCUUCAGACUAGCCUGUAAUGAUAAUUCCCCUAAUUUCAUAAUGGCCUAUGUCUAUGUUGCUAUUGUGCUUUGCCUUCCGUUAACAUUAAUAGCUAUCUCAUAUGUUUGUAUUGGUGUUGCUCUGUGUAAGAUCUCACAUGGUGCUGAGCGAAUCAAGGCUAUGAAAACCUGCACUUCCCACCUCAUAUUAGUGGCAAUGUUUUAUCUACCAAUUUUCAGCGUUUAUAUAUCUGCUCUUACAACGCACAUACAUCCAAACACUAGAAUAAUCAACUCGGUCCUGACACAAACAAUUCCACCCAUGUUAAACCCCAUCAUAUAUUCUCUGAAGACAGAGGAGGUAUUGCAGUCUAUUAAAUUACUCUACAAACGAAUCAAGGAGAAUUUUGCAAUGGAAGAUCCAUUGGUAAGCAUUGCAAAAAAUUAG